AUGAACAAUUUAUACAGUGACUAUGCCUCUGUCAACUUUCGGAAGGCGAUCGGUCCUCUCCUGCUAGGUCGGUUGGCACAGGAUCAGUUGGCCAGACUGCAGAGUCAGAUCAAUGCAGCUCAUGCAAGAGGCUUGAAGGUGUGGUGCUGGGGUACAUUCAGCUCGCAUAGUGAAGUUAAGUCUGGCGGGCCUGGUGCGUGA